AUGGCGCGACCCGAUUUGUCCAACAACAAGACGAUGCAAAUCCUCAACGCCGCUCGUGCGGGAGGGUACGCAGUGCCUGGAAUGUGCUGCUACAACCUCGAGGCGAUCAUGGCCACCGUCAGAGCAGCCGAGGCGGCCAAUUCUCCCGCCAUGGUCCUCCUCUUCCCCUGGGCCAUGACAUACGCCGGAACGACGCUGGUGCGGGCCGCCGCCGAUGCGUGCCGCAACGCAAAGGUGCCCGUGUCGCUACAUCUCGAUCACUGCCAGACCCCAGAGAUGGUGCGAGAGGCGGCGGAUAUUGAGAACGGCUUCGACAGCAUCAUGUGUGACAUGAGCCACUACGAGCGCGAGGAGAAUCUGGCUCUGACGCGUGAGCUGGUGGAUUACUGCCACGAGCGGGGGAUCGCCACCGAGGCAGAACCUGGCCGCAUCGAGGGCGGCGAGGAUGGUGUUGCUGAGACGGCGGACCUGGAGGGCGUCCUGACGACUCCAGAGCAAGCCAUCGAGUUUGUCGACACAGGAAUCGAGCUGCUGGCGCCAGCCUUUGGCAACGUCCACGGCGAGUACGGACCUCGCGGGAUCCGGCUCGAGUACGACCGCCUGGAGAAGGUCAACGCGACCGUCGGGGACCGCGUGCACCUGGUCCUCCACGGCGCGGAUCCCUUCGACGAGGCCAUCUUCCAGCGCUGCAUCAGGGCGGGCGUGACCAAGAUCAACAUCAACAAGGGCAUGAACAAGCACUAUGCGCGCGUGCAGGAGGAGAUGCGGGGGAAGCCGCUGACGAGUGUAAUCGAGGCCGGGACAAUGGCCAUGCAGAAGGCGAUUGAGGAGUACAUGGUUUGGCUUGGAUGUGCUGGCAAGGCUUGA